AUGAAUCUAGCUCCGAAAUUAAUCUAUGGAACAGCAUGGAAAGGAGAGAGAACGGCUCACCUUGUGAUAAGCGCCUUCCUCCAAGGUUUCCGGGCUGUAGAUACAGCAUGUCAACUAAAACACUACAGAGAAGAUCUUGUGGGGGAGGCCUUGGAAAUUCUCCAAGACAAGCAUAGUAUAAAGCGAGAAGAUGUCUACAUUCAAACAAAAUUCACCCCCUUUCCUGGUCAAGACCCAACCAAGCCUCUCCCAUAUAACCCCCGAGAUAGUAUCCCUGCCCAGAUCAAAAGUUCCCUUGCCAAAUCACUGGCUAGCUUGCAUACGUCAUAUCUCGAUGCUUACCUUCUCCACUCUCCUCUCCGAACUUUGCCCUUAACGAUCGAAGCCUGGCGUACGCUUAUGGCUGCACAAGAUGAGGGGACUGUGCGCGCCAUUGGAAUUAGCAAUGUGUACGAUGUUGGAGUGCUGAAAGCGCUAGAAAAGGAAAGAAAGGUGCAGAUAGUACAGAACAGGUGGUAUGAAGGAAAUGCCUGGGACAAAGAGGUCUGGGCGUAUUGUAAGGCGAAUGGAAUUAUCUACCAGUCGUUCUGGACACUGACGGGUUCCCCGGCGUUGCUGACACACUCACACACCACCUCUCUUGCAGAUAAACUAGACGUCACAGCUGCACAGGUACUCUUCAAACUUGCCCAACUAAACAACGUCAUCCCUCUCAGUGGAACCACAAGUGAACUGCACAUGCAGCAAGAUCUCGCUGCAGAGCGCAUAGUAUUCAAGGAGGAAGUGCUCGACGAUUAUAAAAGAAUUAUAGAUCUGAUAUGGAAAUGA